AUGCUGCCUUCACUUCUCCUCUCUCUGCUCUCUGUCCUGGCAGAAGGGGCCAGCCUCCAGCCAAUCAGAACCAACCACCUGGGGAUGUGUCCCAACCAGCUGAACCCCAACCUCUGGGUGGACGCUCAGAGCACCUGCGAACGGGAGUGCCAAGCCGAUCAGGAUUGCGAAGGCUUUGAGAAAUGCUGCACCAAUGUUUGUGGCUUGCGGAGUUGUGUGGCUGCCCGCUACGCUGACGGAAGCGUCUCUUCGUUGGAACAGGUGCAGGAAGCCACCUGCGAGAGUUUCGUCUGCACCCAGCAGGGCUCGGACUGUGAUAUUUGGGACGGGCAAGCUGUCUGCAAGUGCAAGGACAGGUGUGAGAAGGAGCCCAACUUCACCUGUGCCUCCGAUGGACUCACCUACUACAACAAGUGUUACAUGGAUGCCGAGGCCUGUAUCCGGGGCAUCAGCCUGGCAGUGGUGCCUUGCAAGUACAUCUUUACCUGGCCCAAUACCAGCCCGGUGCCAGUGGAGACCACUACUCACCCCACCCCUGGGGCAUCUCCGGAGCUGCCAAUCCCACCGGCUCUCUACAACAAUCCUUUCCACCAGCUUGUCUACAUGGGAGGCACCGUGAGCUUCCACUGUGACGUGAGCGGGCGUCCUCGUCCCGACAUCACCUGGGAGAAGCAGAGUGACCAUCAGGAGAACUUCAUCAUGCGGCCCGACCAGAUGUACGGCAACAUGGUGGUGACCAACAUUGGCCAGUUGGUCAUCUACAAUGCCCAGCCUGAAGAUGCUGGAAUCUACACAUGUACGGCUAGGAAUUCUGCUGGCCUCCUGCGCGCUGACUUCCCGCUCUCGGUGGUCAAGAAGGAACACUCCAGAGGAGAGCCACGAGUUUCUAGUACGUUGAAGCUCCCACCCAACGAAUGCUUGAAGGAACCAGAUACCCAGGAUUGUGAGACCUCCCAAACCCGCUGGCACUUUGACUCCAAAAAGGGCUCCUGUGUUACUUUCCGUUACGGCAAUUGUGGGGCGAACCAGAACCAUUUUGACACUUACGAGGAGUGUCAAGUGGCCUGCGUCAGCCACGCAAUCAACCUGUGUACUCUCCCCAUGGUGCAAGGACCCUGUAAGAACUGGGAACCUCGCUGGGCCUACAACCACCUGAUGAAGCAGUGCCAUUCCUUUAUCUACGGCGGUUGCGAGGGCAACGAGAACAACUUUGACAGCAAGGAAAGCUGCGAGGACACCUGCCCCUUCCCCAAGACCUUGCUGUGCAAAAGCUGUCGCCUGAAAAGUAAGAUGGUAUUGAGCCUCUGCCGCAGCGAUUUUGCCAUCGUGGGGCGACUGAUGGAGAUCGUCGAGGAUCAAGACUCUGGGAUCGCCCGUUUUGCCCUGGACGACGUUCUCAAGGACGAGAAGAUGGGCCUCAGGUUCUUCAACAUCAAGUAUCUGGAAGUCACCAUGACGGACAUGGACUGGAACUGCCCCUGUCCCAACAUGACCACGGAGGAUGGGCCUCUCAUCAUCAUGGGGGAAGUCCACGAUGGCAUGGCUGUCCUUGACCCCAACAGCUAUGUCCGGACUGCCAAUGACAAGCGGGUCAAGAAGAUUUACGAGCUGCUGGAGAAGAAGACCUGUGAGUUGCUCAACCGCUUCCAGGACUAG